AUGCCAAACCAGAACAAGCCAACCCGUACAUAUUUCUUGCCUCUUGAGGAGAUCACUCUGCAUAUUCUUAGGUACUGGAAAGCUCGUCAAACUGACAAGAAGAUUGUAGAGAACUUGUGGAACCACUAUGAUACAUCUCACUAUGGACUAGGGAUCAUGAAGUUCAAAGAGAUAUGCAACAAAAUGGGUCUUUUGCAUACCUGCAAGCAGAACCACUCAAUUGAAUCCAUCUAUGAAGCUAUGAUUGAGCUCUGCCAGGCAUACCCAAAUGCUGGUGCACGGGAAAUGGUCAUUUUGCUAUUUCACGAAAAGGAAAUGAACAUGUCGAGAAAUCUGGUGAUAUCAUACUGUGCCGCCUAUGAAGCAGACCUUAAACUGGGCUUUGCCCACCUGGGUAUGACAGACAUUCCAAUGGUGACUCAGAGCAAUCCUGGCACUGAAAACUACAGAAUCACCCAUGCACAUACCAUGCUGCGUCAAAUGUAUGAUCCAGCACUGCAAGGUACAUUACAACACCAUUGGAUGCAGACAAAGAAGAAUGUGAAACCAGAGAUCACCUGGUCUCAGUUAUGGUGUCAGUUUAUCCCUGGUUUUGAAACACUUCUAGAUGAAGGAGUGGAGAAUGGCUGGUACAAUAGUGACAACACCCUUCAGGUUUGCACAUUUAGCAUGAUCUUCCAUUGGGUCUUCAUUCCAUGGUUGCAGUGCGAGCUAGAUAGGUAUCAGGACUGUGUUAACAACACCCUCAAGAGGCCAGAUCAUAACAAGGUGCUUCCACACAGUGUACCUUAUCUAAUAUAUGAGUCUGCAGAAGAUUUUGGAGCUUUAGACUUCAAGGUAACAGUCAAACAAAACGCUAUAGACCAUGUCCGCAAUAUCUAUGUGAAACCCGAUCAUCCUGUCUUUGAUUUGGUUCCCAAACUGCUCAAUGAUCUUAUUCAAGACUGUUAUGAUGAUUUAGGCCAUCCUCCAGUCACUCACCAGUCCAUGUGGACAAUUUACUUAGAUUUGUAUCAUUCUAUUCAGCACUCUGCACAGAUACCAGCCAUUGUUGAUUCUCUUACAGAUGUCACCAACUCAGACAAAGAGCCUUUGCCUCUCCUUGAAAACCAAAAGGACCUGUUUUUUAAUGGGGAUACUGAUAGUGCUUACUACAUGGGUUGUAUUCAUGGUGGACACAGUCUUGAUGCAUCUGAUCAUUGCUGGCUGAAUGAACCAGGUGCCAACUUACUCCCUACAGCUCCAAUCAUAGAAGAGGAGGGUUUGGUUAUUACAGGAUUCUCUGAUGAGGAGGACAAUGAUGAAACAUAUGUUUGGUAG